AACCAUUUCCGGCCAACAUGGAUGAUUUAGAUGCUCUAUUGGCGGACCUUGAGUCCACAACAUCCCGCAUUUCCAAGCGCCCUCUUUUCCUUUCUGGUGAGACCGCUUAUUCCUAUCCAGUUGUGGGUCCGAACCAACAAGACAUCUGCUCUCCACCUCAAGACCCACCUGAGAAUCCUCUAAAUGGAGUAGAUGAAACGGAGUCCAUCAGCUCGGCUCAGAAAAGCCCCUGGUCUGUAGAUCGCAGCAGUCCAGUCCACUGUGCUGGUGAAGAGGACCACGUAUACAGUUUCCCUAAUAAGCAGAAGAAUAGUGAGUCGUCACCUGCUGCUGCCAUGAACUCAUCGUUGGGCAGCAACCUGUCUGAGCUGGACCGCCUGCUGUUGGAGCUAAACGCUGUCCAGCAGAGCACUCCUGCCUUCCCCACCGAAGAAGUAGCACCACCACUGCCUGCAAGUGGCACAAUCCAUCAUAUCCAAGAAAAUGGAGUCUCCACUUCAAGUAAAGCCGCUCCACCCACAAUAGAGAAGCCCAAGCGCACCACCGCAGCUCGCAGGAUAGAGGAUAUACGGCCGAGUGUGGCGAGCCUUCUAGAUGAGCUGGAAAGCUCCGUACCCUCACCCAUUCCCGUAACUUUGGUGGUGUCAGAUGAGCACGGCGCUGCACAGGAGGCAACACUGCCACAGCAACAAGCCAGGAUGUCUGCCUCCUCUGCCACACGAGAGCUGGAUGAGCUCAUGGCCUCGCUGUCUGACUUCAAAGUCCAAAGCAAUGUCCAGUCACAGGGAAAGACGUCUCCCCUCGCUCCUCCAAAACAAGCCAACAAGCUGGACAACAUGCUGGGAAGCCUGCAGUCUGACCUCAACAGACUCGGAGUCCAGACCGUGGCCAAGGGAGUCUGUGGUGCCUGCAAGAAACCAAUUGUUGGACAGGUGGUGACUGCCAUGGGCAGAACGUGGCACCCGGAGCACUUUGUGUGCACCCGCUGUCAGGAAGAGAUAGGCUCCAGGAACUUCUUUGAGCGUGACGGGCAGCCUUACUGCGAGAAAGACUACCACAACCUGUUCUCGCCACGGUGCCACUACUGUAAUGGACCCAUACUGGAUAAAGUAGUGACAGCUUUGGACAAGACUUGGCAUCCGGAGCACUUCUUCUGUGCCCAGUGUGGAUCCUUUUUUGGACCCGAAGGUUUCCAUGAGAAGGAUGGAAAGGCGUUCUGCAGAAAGGACUACUUUGACAUGUUUGCUCCUAAAUGUGGCGGCUGUGCCCGAGCUAUCCUGGAGAACUACAUCUCUGCCCUCAACUCACUCUGGCACCCUGAAUGCUUCGUCUGCAGGGAGUGCUUCACGCCGUUCAUUAACGGCAGCUUCUUUGACCACGACGGACAGCCGUACUGCGAGGCUCAUUACCACGAGCGGCGCGGCUCUCUGUGCUCCGGCUGUCAGAAACCAAUCACAGGCCGCUGCAUCACAGCCAUGGGAAAGAAGUUCCACCCAGAGCACUUUGUGUGUGCUUUCUGCCUCAAGCAGCUUAACAAGGGCACCUUCAAAGAGCAGAACGAAAAGCCCUACUGCCACGGCUGCUUCAUCAAACUCUUCAGUUAGACUCGGUGUCUGCUGUUUCUGCGUGAGUGAACACACUUCGGUGCAUCUUUGAGGUUUUAACGGAUGUUUUCAUCACAUCAUGAGAGUAGAAAAUGUCUUUUUUAGCUGUUAUUAGCUGUGACACUGAAAGGACUUCUCUGAAUGUCCAUACUUUUACACUUUACUAAAGACAUUUUUAAAGAGCCCAAAGAGAUUAUUUUUAAUUUAGACGCUUAUUCUUGUGUGCCACAGAAUCUAGAAAGCAGGUAGCUACUUGUUCCUUGUAUGUGUGUACAUAAACAGUUUUAACUUGUAAAGUAUUUUUCCCAUACUGCAGGGCGAGACCUUGCAACACACGGUGGUGAGACUGUGUGGACAGUUUUAUGCAGAUCAGAUACAAGCUGCUUGAUUGCAUGGACCACUGAGAGUUACCCUAAGCAGUUUUAAAGUACUAUGAGUGUUGAAUACUCAGUGUUUGGCCAAUGAGUUCUAAAAAAAUGUAUUUUUCUAGCUAAUGA